AUGGGGUUGACAAAGUCUCAGAGGAUUAUUAUCCUCCUUAUUAUUGAUACCGUAUUCUUCGUUAUCGAACUUAGUGUUGGCUAUGCCGUCCAUUCGUUAGCUCUCGUUGCAGAUGCUUUUCAUAUGUUGAACGAUGUUCUCUCGCUCUGUGUUGGUUUAUGGGCCGUAAGGGUCGCCAAUGAAAAGUCAUCCAAGACGUAUACUUACGGAUGGCAACGAGCAGAGACACUGGGUGCGUUGAUCAACGGCGUCUUCCUCGUCGCCCUCUGCCUCUCCAUCUUCCUGGAAGCCAUCAACCGCUUCGUUGAGCCCCAGGAGGUCCAGCACCCCAAACUCAUCUGCAUUGUCGGUGGCCUCGGCCUCUUCUCAAACAUCCUUGGUCUGCUCCUCUUCCACGACCAUUCCCACGGCCACGGCGGCCAUGGCCACGCACACGAAGAACCCAUCCAGUCUGCCGAGCAAGGUUACACGAACGUUAUCGCAGACCAGGGUGGCAGUGUUGCCAGCGUGAUGCCCGAAACCGUAGUCGGCUCUUACUCUGCCAUUGCCGUUCCCAGCUCGCCUUCGAAGCCUUCUCACUCCAGACGCCAUGCCUCCAUCAGCCGCCUGAGCCGGGAUAGCAGGCGUUACAGCGGAUUCAGAGAUGUCGAGGACAUCAACGGUCACCCUGCCAGUUUGCGCCAGGAUAUCAUCCAAGCUAGCCGUUUUGAGGAUGAUUCCUCUCCGGACAUGGAUUCCGAUAGGGAAGAUGUCCGACAGUCGGAGGAGUCUAGACUCCUUCCCAACGCUGAUGGAACCACGCCCUACGCUGCCACAUCUACGCCCAAGCCCCGCAAGACCAACGACAUCCACAACGAGCAUAACCAUGCCAAACCAAAAGAUGACGACGCGGCACAUGGGCACGGCCAUGGCCACUCCCAUGGCCACUCUCACGACCUGAACAUGCGAGGCGUCUUCCUUCACGUCAUGGGUGAUGCCCUCGGCAACAUCGGCGUCAUAGUGUCGGCCCUGAUCAUCUGGCUUACCAACUACUCAUGGCGCUACUACGCUGACCCCGCAAUCUCCCUCCUCAUCACCAUAAUCAUUCUCUUUUCCGCCAUCCCGCUUUGCAAGGCUGCUUCCAGGAUCCUGCUCCAGGCUGUCCCUGCCGGUCUUAGCAUCGACCAUAUCAUCGAGGACAUCGAGCAGCUCCCAGGUAUCAUCAGCUGCCACCAUUUCCAUGUCUGGCAGCUCAGCGAUACCAAGCUGGUUGCAUCCCUUCACAUCCAGGUGAGCUUUGAUAUCAAGGGAGAGGGCUCGGACCGAUACAUGUCUCUCGCCAGACACGUCAGGAAGUGCCUUCAUGCCUACGGAAUCCAUUCAUCCACCAUCCAGCCGGAGUUCUACCCAGGAAGCGAAGAGGCUUCCUUACGGCCGGGCAGUUCCCAGCUCACCACCGUAGCCAGCGAGUCCUGCCUACUUGAAUGCGGCGAUGACUGUGCUCCUGGUCGCCAAUGCUGUCCAUCGGCAUAG